AUGGCGGCGGCCGGGGCGCGCCGGGCGCGGGGUACGAGCGCUGGGCUCCGCCCGCUCCGCCACCGCGCGGCCGCCUGGCCGCCCGCUCCGGCCUACUCCGCGCCGCCGCCGCCGCCGCCGCCCGGGCGCCUCCGGCUGCGCCCGAGGGGCCUGCGCUCCCGGCGGGCCCCGCGCGUGGCUGGUGGCAAGACUGAUGGGCGGGGCGGAGUGCGCGUGCGCAGGAAGGGCGGGUCGUUGCUGUUUGCAAACGGGGAGGCGGGGCGGAGUCUGGGGGGCAAGCUCCUCCCUCCGCGCGUGUCGGCCCCGCCCCCGCCCGGGCUCGGGGGGCCCGGGCCGCUUUUCCGAAGUGGCGGGACGCGGGACGGUGCCCGGUGCUGGGCCGGGGGCGCCCCGGACCCUCACCCACCCCCGAGGGCAGGGCCGGGGGGGACAGCGCAGCCGGGCCUGGGCGCCCGCCCUCCGGAGCGCGGCCCCGGGACCCCACACCGCAGCGGCCGUGCCCCCCGAGGAACCCCGGCGCGCCUCGGCAGCGCGGUGCCCGGCGCUCGCGGCCGCGGCGCUCGCGUGGACGGCUGUGGGAGGGUCGUCGCGGUCGCGUCUCACGGACCCCCGCUCAGGAGCCGGGCACAUCAUGAGGUCCCGGCCGGUGGUGGCGACCCGGACACCGCUGUGGGCGGUGAGCAGCGCGUGGCCCACGGGACGCCGAGCGCCCACGCCGGGGACGGCUGCCGCGCCGAGACGCGUGGGGAGUGCCUGAGUGUGGCUCCGACCGUGCCCAGGACAGCCUGCCGCCGUGCCGCGCGGGCCUGCGCCCCCGGGGCGCCCACCGGGCCCAAGUGCCCGGCGAGCCGGGCUGCAGGGAGGCUCCCCACUCAGAGGCUGACCGUGCUCAGCGAGCCGGGCUGCAGGGAGGCUCCCCACUCAGAGGCUGUGGGUCCCCGGGGCGCCCACAGGACCGUGCUCAGCGAGCCCGGCUGCAGGGAGGCUCCCCACUCAGAGGCUGACCGCGCCCGGCGAGCCGGGCUGCAGGGAGGGUCCCACUCAGAGGCUGUGGGUCCCCAGGGCGCCCACAGGACCGUGCUCAGCGAGCCCGGCUGCAGGGAGGCUCCCCACUCAGAGGCUGUGGGUCCCCGGGGCGCCCACAGGACCGCGCCCGGCGAGCCGGGCUGCAGGGAGGCUCCCCACUCAGAGGCUGUGGGUCCCCGGGGCGCCCACAGGACCGCGCCCGGCGAGCCGGGCUGCAGGGAGGCUCCCCACUCAGAGGCUGUGGGUCCCCGGGGCGCCCACAGGACCGUGCUCAGCGAGCCCGGCUGCAGGGAGGCUCCCCACUCAGAGGCUGUGGGUCCUCGGGGCGCCCACAGGACCGCGCCCGGCGAGCCGGGCUGCAGGGAGGGUCCCCACUCAGAGGCUGUGGGUCCCCGGGGCGCCCACAGGACCGUGCCCGGCGAGCCGGGCUGCAGGGAGGCUCCCCACUCAGAGGCUGUGGGUCCCCGGGGCGCCCACCGGACCCAAGUGCUCAGCGAGCCCGGCUGCAGGGAGGCUCCCCACUCAGAGGCUGUGGGUCCCCGGGGCGCCCACCGGACCGCGCUCGGCGAGCCGGGCUGCAGGGAGGGUCCCACUCAGAGGCUGACCGCGCCCGGCGAGCCGGGCUGCAGGGAGGCUCCCCACUCAGAGGCUGUGGGUCCCCAGGGCGCCCACAGGACCGCGCCCGGCGAGCCGGGCUGCAGGGAGGCUCCCCACUCAGAGGCUGUGGGUCCCCGGGGCGCCCACAGGACCGUGCUCGGCGAGCCGGGCUGCAGGGAGGCUCCCCACUCAGAGGCUGUGGGUCCCCGGGGCGCCCACAGGACCGUGCUCGGCGAGCCGGGCUGCAGGGAGGGUCCCCACUCAGAGGCUGUGGGUCCCCGGGGCGCCCACAGGACCGUGCUCGCUGCUGCGGUCCCCUUCACCGGCCCCUCCUCUACCAGCUCGUUCCCAGGGAAAACCUCAACCAUAGGCCGGGGCAAGGCUGUCUGGGCACCGCCUGGAACCGGGGGCGGGGACGAUUUGAUCUCCUCCCCAGGGGCCUGCACAGGUGAAGGUGGCACUGCUGGUAUGAAUGAGGCCUACCGGGAUACAGCCACCCAACAGGUACAGGUGGACUUUCAGAGGCCAUUUGGCUGCCUUGGCCAUGACUUGGCCACUACUUACAUGAGCUAA